AUGGCCGCAGCCAGCCUUGAUCUUGACUUCAUGCGUGCACUGCCCGACCUGGAAAAGAGACUCCAAGACGACCUCAAAUCCACGAAAUGCUGUUCACUGUCAGCCGAGGAGGAUACAGACUGCACUCCAAUUGUCGUGUGUGAAUCAGUUACCCGCCAAGACUUGAAUCGAUGGGUCAGGAAGAGCGGGGCCGGGCUGCCCUUCCAUCCUCAAGAGCAAGAGGAUCUGCCGACAAUUGUGCACACUAUUGCAGCGAAUGAGGUCGUCGAUCUCAUUCGAGAGCAAAUAGUGCUCAUGGCUCCAGCCGCUCGCCUCAUGCGGACGCUAAGAGCUGGCGGAGGUGCGAGAUACGACGUCGGUGAUCGACUUCAAGCUCCAGAUCAGUGCCUCAUCCCAGCGGGGGCUCCUCCGGGGACGUACCGAAAGACUGCAACGCUGGAUGGACUGUGCAGAUUGCCAUCGGUCUACAGGUCGGGCUUAUCCGUCGUGGACUUCGACUUUGGGCGCGAUCAUGAAGUCUGCUUCCCGUUGUGCGCGCUCUACUUUGGUGUAGAUCUGCCGGACGCUCUCCAAAAACACGAAGGUGAUGAGGUCGCGCUCAAUUUGACGGAGCUGCGCAGCUCCAUAAACGCUGUUAUCCCGAAACAGUGA